AUGGCGCUUGCCGUCGUCAGCGGAGAGCAAUCCCUGUCCGCUCUUCAUCGCAUCGCCAAGAGCGGUGACGUGAAGGAGCUCAAGGCGGCGCUACGCAAGUCUGGCAAGGGCUCCAUCGACAAAAAGGACGAAUGGGAGCAGACGCCGCUGCACGUGGGCUGCUUUGAGGGCCACUUCAGCGUGGUCAAGGUGCUCGUCAAAGCCAAGUCCAACGUCAACGCCCGCGACAAGAACAACUGGACACCACUUCAUGCUGCGGCGUCGGGUCUGACAUCGGACCAUGUCAAGGUGUGCGGCCUUCUGUUGGACAAAGGGGCGGAUGCGUCGGCGAAGACGAACGACGGGUCGUGUCCGUUGCACUACUUUGUGCGCAUGGACCCCAAGAACGUGACCGAGUUCCAUAAGGUGCUCGAACGCAUGGCCGUGGGCGAUUCCCCGGUCGAACGCGCGCGCACCGUCAACACCCAGAACCGCCACGGCGAAAGCCCCCUCCACCACGCCGCCAUCAAAGGCCGCGAACACGCCGUGCUGUUCCUCCACCACUUGGGUGCAGACAUCAACCUGAAGAACAAGUACGGGGAGAGCAGUUUGGUGGUCGCCAUCCGUUCCGCGCGAGCGGAUAUGGUCCGUCUGCUGCUCUCGCUCGGCGGUGAUCCCCGUCAGGAGUCCGAUGCCGGCGCCCCACUCGACCUUGCACGGAGCACGGGCAACGAGGAAAUCAUCAAUGCCAUCCAGGAGUUCAUAGAGGAGCGGAAGGGCAACCGUCUGCGGGGCAAGACCAGCGCUCCUCGCGCCAUGAGCCCGCGAAGCUCGAGCGCGAUCGGAUCGCAAGUCGGCUUGAGUCGGAAGGCGCACGCGCGAGCGCCCUCGGAGGGGUCGUUCCUCUUCGGGUCCAACCAAAAGGUGAUCACCGACUACAAGAGCGACGAAGACGACGACGAUGACUCUGACGAUGACGAUGACGAUGACUCCGAUGACUCGGAGGAGAGCGAGGGCGAGGGCGAGUCAGGCGAGAAGGCCUCGUCGCCGGAGGCGGAGCCCCGAAGCGCCGGGUUUGGGUUCAUCGUGCCCGACGACAACGGCGACCAGGCCGACGGCAAGGCCACCGACGGCGAAGCCGCCAAGCACGACGACCACGCCCACGAAAAGAAGGGAGUCCCAUGUACGCUGUGCUCGACGCUCAUCCGGCAUCCCAAGAUUGAGAUCAAGCCGAAGAGCGAAUCCAAGGACACCAACGGCGAGGAGGCGGCCAAGAACAGCCCCGGCAAGCGGUACCACUUCCACGCCCGCUGCCCGGCCGAGUGGGACGAGGGCAACAACGGCUCCCAGUCGGGCGACGGCGACAAGGGCAAGCCCCGCAAGGGCUGGCGAUGGGUGCGCAGCGCAGCCCACCCAAGCCCCAGCGAACUCUGGAACAUCAACUACAACCAGCUGUCGUUGGACUUGUGUAUUAUUGUGAAGUCGGCGGAGGAGAGCGAGAAGGAGGGAGAGGAGGAGGACCAUAAGAGGAAGUACUUCGUGCGGGGGCUCAUUCACAUUCCGACGCUGGCCUCGGCUUCGUCGUCAGCCAAGGACGACAGAGGCGAGGGCGAAGGCGAAGGGCUCACGUGGGGCGUGUGGGUGCGGGUCAACGAGGAGACCUUCAAGUGGAUCGUCACCACCUGGGACAAAGACGGACGAGAACACGACGACAAGGCCAAGGGUUUCACGGGGGAGAUCGCCACGCGCUUGCCCACGUAUCUCAAGGACACGCUCGGUCUCAAGGUGCAACUCAAGAUCCAGCCCGCGGGCAGGCGGCCGACGUUGGUGGUCCUCGAUGCCCACCCCCUGGCGGCGCAGCAGAAGAACGGCAUCACACGAAAGAAGCUCCUCCAGACCGUACACGCCAUCCAGGACGCCACCAUGUAA